GUGGCAGUACAGUAGUUUUCCUCUGUUUUGCCUGCGGUGGCCAUUGGUAUGUGGGGUGCCCAGAGGCCUCCCUGACCCCCUCACGCCUGGCAGAAUGGCCUCAGCUCGAGGAGACAAGCAGGCUUCGCCCCGGGUGGGGACCGCCUGCUACACAGAGACAUCCACGGUCCUCGUGGAGACCUGGUCCCACCGCGUGGAGACGUCAUCCCAGCGGGUGGAGACCUCCCAGCGCUGCAGUGAGGAGCCCUCCCUCUCACCGUCAGGAAAGCGGCUCCCUAGCGUCCUCGAGGCGUCCUCCCUGCACGUGGAAGCCUCCUUGCAGCACAUGGAAACGGCCUCCCACCACGUCAGGGCCUCGUCCCUGCAGAUGAAGACUUCUCUGCACCGCGCGGAGAGCCCGGCCCCACGGGCCAGGCCGGCUGCUCCCCACCGAGGGAAAAAAUGGCCUGAUGAGAUGCUGCUUCCCAAGGGCCACCAAGGAGCCAGGGCCCUCAGCCAGGACAGAAAGGCCUCCAGCUGCCAGGUGGACCAAUGUUUUUUGGUUUCAUGGAAACAGCCCAUAAAUCAAUGUAAGAGACAGCCAAGCCGCCGUUCCAAUAAACAUCCAAGGUUUGACCGUCGUCCUGCAGCAUCUUGGACCAGCCUACUUUUGACCCAGCGAAUUAUUUUCACUUGAAGCCAGCACAAAAGGUUUUCAGGCCCAGGAUGUUGUAUAAAUCGGGUUGAUGGACAAAGAGGCUGUUUGAGCCUUUGAGCCAGGCGAGUUUGGGAUCCAAAGCCCUCAGAUGACCUUCACCCCUUAGGAACAGAGACCAAACUGAAAUCAUGACCUGUGGAAUGAUUCCAUGCUUGCUAAAAGCUUGAGAGGCAACAGACUCAUAAAUUAGUAAUUGGGCUUUGUUUACGUUUCAAAGUAAAUGGUUUUCUUUAUGUUAAGUCUUUGUACCUGGCACACCUAUCCAUACACUUUUUUAAGGUAGGUUAGAUGUACUUAAAAACUACAGCAAACCCACCAGUAAGCAAAAAUAAUCUUAGAAGAGAAAGUGAAAGGAGGUCAUUGAAACCUGACCUGAGGUUUGAAGAAGAUGGACAAGAGUCAUAUUUAUUGAGAACCUGCUCUGUGCCAGGCACUACAGAUGCUCCUCCACUUUCGAUGGGGUUACCUCCCAAUAAACCCAUUGUAAGCUGAAAAUAUGGUAAUUUGAAAAUGCGCUUACUAUCUACAAACUACUAAAUAUCGUAGCUUAGCCUAGCCUACCUUAAACACGUUUAGGACACACUAGCCUAAAGUUGAGCAAAAUCAUCUAACAGAAAGCUUAUUUUAUAAUAAAAUGUUGAAUAUCUCAUGUAAUUUAUUGCUUACUAUACUAAAAGUGAAAAACAAUGGUUGUAUGAGUACUUAAAGUAGUAUUUUUACUGAAUGUCACUUUUGUACCAUUGGGAACUGUCUGUAUUCUGGGAACUUGGACUAUAGCAGUAAAAAAGGCAAAGACCCAACUCUAGUGGAGCUUACACUCUGGUGAAAAGGUAAACAAGCAAUGAUGAAAGGAGACAAUUUUCUACUGUGAUUAGCACUAUAAAGGAAAUAUAUGGGUAAUGUGAU